AUGAAGAGCGAUAAAAAGGAUGAAUUCGAGUGUGGUCAUCCAGUGUGGAGUGCUAUACAUGUGAGUUGCAUUAGACAACACUCUCUGUUGCUAAGCAACCAGCUUCAUCCCCCCCACACACCCCCCUACAACCAAUCAAACCAGCUGGUAGACUUGAGAUCAGACCAGUACAAAACACAUGAAGAUAAACCUUCUUUCAACUUUUUAUCAAAAAUAUUUUCAUCAAAAAAGCCAAAAUUGAUUAAUGGUGCUAGAAACCCAUUUCUACGAAGGUUUGAGCCUCAACCACACUCUGAUCCAAGAGAGACGGUGUUCGUUGAGGAUGACAGGGACGAAGCUUUGUACCAUGCUGAUUUUGAAGACCAAGAGGUUUGUUCAAAAUCGGACUCUCGAUACAACCUCAUGUUCAUCGAAGGUCCUGCAAACACACUUAGCCGUCAAUUUAUGCAGGGCGAACCUUAUGCAGAGUAUAGUAAUGGACAGAACACAGAGCAGAGGAGGAUUGGUCCACACAAAUCCUUCCUGGAAGUGGUCAGUGUCACCGACAGAGGCACUGACCUGUGUGACUUGCUGCCAGAGAGACCUCUCAUGUUAGACAUGGGAACUGACCCACCAGAACACAGGGAAUGUGCUCUACCUUCUUGUGAGAAUCAAAAGUCACAUCUAAAUGAAGAACUUGAAAGAAAAGAAAAAUUAGUAAAGAGUUGUUUAGAGGAAGGAAAUCUGCUGUUGGAUGAUUUGGAGAAAAUAAAGAGACAUUUGAGUGGAAGUUCAAAGAUUCCUGAGAUCAUCAGUUCAUGUUUAAGUGUAAGCGUUAAAAAAGAGGACCCAGCUGACUUUCUACACCUCGGUCGUAAAUGUCUUAUGGAGCUCGGAAAACAUUUGCUGGCGACUCAGAAACAGACUGAAGCUGACAUGCAAACAUUGAAAAGUGAACUGAUCACUGUGAAAAAAGAAAAACUAGAUAAAGAAGAAAAGAUUUUGAGUCUGAAACGGAAACUUGACGUGCAAACUAAUAAAGUAAAUCAUGAAGAGGAAGAUAGUGCACAGUUACAGUCAAAAGUUAGAAAACUCCAGGAGGCUUUAGAAGCAGGAAAGAAAACGUUAAAAGAUACGGAGGCAUUGUUCAAAAGUAAAAUAGAUAAACUGGGACUUGAACUAUCCAUUGAAAAGGAAGCUAAUCAUAAGCUAAGUAAAAGUUUGGAGGAAAAGACUUACCUCAUUAAAAAAUUAGAAGAUGAUAUGAGAGAGUUGCAAAACAGUUUGGAAAGCAGCAAACAACACGUGAAAGAUAUUCAAGCCUCAUACAAAUCAAAAAUAACAAAACUAGAACAGGACCACGCGAAUAAAAUGGCUGUUUUGUGUGAAAAUCAAACUUUAACUAACGAACAGCUGAGCAAAGCUCUGGAAAGGUCUUCAAACUUUGUUGCCCAGUUGGAGGAGUGUAAAAAAGAGAGCUCAGUCCUAUCAGAUGCUAACAAGAGUCUGCAAGAGAGGUUGGUAGCCCUAGAGAGAGACGUGACCAAGGCUCGCGAACAGAGUAUUGUGGCUGAGCGACGACUGGUGCGAGAAACCCAGGAAGUCAUGGCACUGAAGAGUCAGGUGGCCAAACUAGAGGCGAUGAAGGAGGAAGAGUUGUUGAGCAUAGACGGAGACAUCUUUUGUCAAAUCAUGUACCAACAUGAUCAGUGGAUAAUAGAGGAUCUGAGAGCCAGCUUGCAAGACAAGGAGAAUUAUCUGGAAACCUUACGGUCACAAGGCGACUGUGCUCUACGAGACUUUGAGAAAGUACAAAACGAACUGCAACAAAGGAGACAACAGUUUAAUGAGCUAAAAGAUGUUUUCUUGGAUUUUGAGAAGAAACGAGACAGUGUGGUCAGAGAACAAAGAGAUUUUUACAACAAAAUGAUGCUUCUCAGUAAGAAAACCAUUCCUAGGGAUAGAUUUUUCAAAAAUCUCAUAGAAGAAUGCCAGAUGAAAACCAACAGGAUUGGGGAGAUAGAAGAUAUGUUAAGAGACACUAACCAAGCUCUUGAGGAAACAAAGAAGAUAUCAGAGGCACAGUUGAAGGCAAUGCAGACUGAAAUGCAAUUUACAGCAGAGAGGUUGUAUGAGUUUGAAAAUCACAUACGGAUAAAGGACAUGCAGCUUCAGGAGGUAGUAAACGUAUUCGAACAAGAAAAGAAAAACAAAGCGUCAGCCGAGGAAGCUUUGAAUACGUAUAAAAUACUUUUGGAUAGUUCCAAAAAGGAAAACGAGGAAGUUCGAAGUAAGCUUAACUACUUAGAGGACAUGGAAAAAAAUAGAACCAAUGUUCAAGCAGCUGAGGAUUUAGCUAAGGAAACUCAAAAAAGAAAGGAUACUGAACGAAAAUUAAAGAAGCUAGACAAAGAACUAGUUGACUUGAAAAAUAUACUUCAGGGAAAAGUGGAAGCAUCAACACCUCAUUCAGAUAAAAGCAGUCUAAGUUCCAGGGACAUUGAACAGUUGCAGUCGAAAGUCCGAGAACUGCUAGAGAACAGGAAGUAUAUGGAGAGGAUUCUAGUGGAGAGUCAGAGGACGAAGGAACAGCUGCAGAAGGACCACGAGGAGUUAUACAGCAAGAUGAGACACGCUGUUAGGGUGAUGGUGGAGUCCAAGAGGAAUCAGGAGGAACUGGAACAAAGACUAGAGCAACGAGGGCACACCAUUCUGAAGCUACAGAGAAGCCAGGAUGAAACAGAAGACAGACUAGAGGAACUGAAGGAUAUAUUGCAUGAAAUGAAGAAAACUAUUGAACUGUUGUAUCGAGACAGAGAGGAUUUGGAGGAUAAACUGUCCAACCACAUGCACUGUCAUGCGGAACGAGCAGUGCACCAGGAACUCAAGUCCCUGCAAAGAGACAAAGCUAUUUCGGAAGAGCAGAAUUCUCGUGAGAGGGAAAUGCUUCUUCAUCGUAUUAAAGACAAUGAGUCUAUAAUCAAAGAUCAACACAAACACAUUCGCUCUCUGCAGGAUAAACUGGAUAAUCUGACAGUACAAUUACGAGAGACCAAAAGUGCAUUGGUCACUGAGAGACAUAACCACACACAGCAGCUGCUCAGCGUCCAGUCUGAGAAAAAGAAACAAGAGCUUUACAUCCAAGAGUUGGAGGCUAGACUAGCCUACGAGACUAGACUGCGGCUAAAGGGCUCCAACACUGUCCUAUCCACAUCUCACUAUGUCAACACAUCUGACAGCUAUGAUCCACCUAUCCGAGACUUCAAUAAAAAUCAUCCUCACAGGAAAUAGGACAUGUUGAAAACACUUUCUGAUUAAAUAAAAUAAUGUAAAAGUUAGGCCUAAAUAAAAAAACUAACAUUGCCUCAACUAUGAUAUUUUU